AUGUGGGCUGGUAGGGCAAUCUUUGGGGGGGUCGCGCUUGGUGUGGGAUCGAAUGUUGCUCUAGCUUCGCUGUCACGAUCGCACACUUCGAUGUGUGAGGCCAUGAGUGACAGUGGAGGACCGAGCUUCCGGCAGCAGCUUCGUUACACCAUCUCCGACGCCGUAGAGCGAGUAGCUGCCAGCGUCGUCAGCAUCUCCUGCACCAAGAAUGAGAUGUGGAUGACGGUCGGGGUCGCAGGGAGCGGAUUCAUCAUCGACUCCGACGGGACCAUCUUGACCAAUGCUCAUGUCGUCGAAGGAAGCUCCGAGGUGCUGGUCACGCUCCAGGACGGGCAGCAGCUGGUUGGGCGGGUGGAAAACUACGACUCGCUCUCCGACGUGGCGAUCGUGAAGAUCAAAGGGGGCAAGUCGCUGCAUGCAGCGACGCUGGGCAAGUCCAGCGACCUGAGAGUGGGAGAGUGGAUCAUCGCCUAUGGCAGUCCGGGGGAGCUGAAGGACACGGUUACGGUUGGGAUAGUCAGUGCGCUGCUGAGGCAGAGCUCUGAGCUGGGGCUAGGGGCGAGGAGAAUGUCUUACAUCCAGACAGACGCUGCCAUCAACCAGGGAAACAGCGGCGGCCCGCUGAUCAAUCUGGAUGGAGAAGUCGUCGGUAUCAGCACCAUGAAAGCUGCCUACCUCGACGGCAUCAGUUUUGCCAUCCCCAUUGACCUGGCGAUGGACAUGGUCCGCCAGAUGCAGAAGUAUGGAUGUGUAAGGCGCCCUCACCUGGGGAUGAAGAUCGCCACGAUUAGCCCGAUGGUUCUUGCUGAACUUCGCUCGUCAAUCCCUGGGUUUCCUCCUGAGCUUAAGAGAGGCGUUAUCAUCACUGAUGUCUCUCCCAGCUCACCGGCUUCUAAGGCAGGUCUACAGGGAGGAGACAUCAUACAGGAGGUCGACGGAAGUCCGAUUGUUGAAGCUGGACAGAUCUACAACAUGCUUGGCGACGAGGUCGGUCGGAGGAUCAGCAUGAAGGUGGUGCGAGCAGGGCAGAGAAGGACACAGGUGCUCAAUGUCACCGUCAAGACAGAAGCUAUUCAAUGA